GUUCACAGUCCGGCUGAGGAGAGAAACAGGAACUGAGCUGACUGAAGUGCUGGAGGAGGCGUUGAGGAGAAGGAGGAGUCACGAUAUGAAGGUGUGGAUAUGAUCUAAGGCAGGGGGGGGCUCAAUCCUGGUCCUGGAGAUCCACCACCAUGGAGAGUUCACAUCCAGCACACCAUGCCCCUGCAGGCCUUCAUUACCUGCAUCAGAACUGAACAACCAACUAUUCUCUUCUCUCAAGUCUUCUCUUGCUCCUUGUGUUCACUUUCAUGCACACACCAAAUAUCCCUCUGGAAACAAACCAGAAGAUGCUGCAAAUUGGAAUGAGUCAGGCUGCACAAUUCUGAAGAUAUUAAAUAAGGGAACAUGGCAUCCAUGAAAUAUGAGAAAAUAGCAUCCCUGCAUACGUCGUCUGGUACUGUUUGCACGAACACAUCUCACAAACGAAUGCAGAAAAAAGCUGGCAAAAAGAGAGCCCACCAAUGCUCGGAGUGUGGGAAGAGUUUCACUCAGUGGGGUGAUCUCCAAAGACACCAUCGUAGUCACUCAGGAGAGAAGCCGUAUCACUGCUCAGAAUGUGGGAAGAGCUUUACCAGACAGAGCAGUCUCCAAACACACAAGCGCAUUCACACUGGAGAAAAACCGUUUCAGUGCUCAGAGUGUGGCAGGAGUUUUAAUCGACACAGUAAUCUCCAACAGCACCAGCGCAUUCACACUGGAGAGAAGCCGUAUCACUGCUCGGAGUGUGGAAAGGAUUUCAAACAUCAGAGUACUCUUCAGCAACAUCAGCGAAUUCAUACUGGAGAGAAACCGUUUCACUGUUCUGAGUGUGGAAAGAGUUUCACUCAGCAAAAUGCCCUCCAGCUACACCAGCGCAUUCACACUGGAGAAAAGCCAUAUUACUGCUCAGAGUGUGGGACAAGUUUUAGAGGCAAAAGUAAUCUCCUAAAACACAGGCACAUCCACACAGGAGAGAAGCCAUAUCAGUGCUCAGAGUGUGGCAAGUGUUUUAAACAACAGAGUACGCUGAAGGCACACCAGCGCAUUCACACCGGAGAGAAACCGUAUGAGUGUUCAUACUGUGGACGGACUUUCAGAGACAGAAGCAGCCUCAAAGCACACCAGCCCAUUCACACAGGCGUGAAACCGUAUCAUUGCUCAUGCUCAGAGUGUGGGAAGAGUUUUGCAUAUCUGGAUGGUCUCCGACAACAUCAGCUUAUGCACACAGGAGAGAAGCCAUAUCACUGCUCAGACUGUAGGAAGAGUUAUGCUGUACAGAGUAAUCUCCAAAUACACCAGCGGAUUCACCCUGGAGAGAAGCCGUAUCAGUGCUCAGAAUGCGGAAAGAGUUUUUCUCGUGAGAGUCACCUCCAACGACACUGUCUUCUUCACACAGGAGUGAGGCCAUAUCCCUGCACACAGUGUGGCAAGAGUUUUACUCGGCAGAGUCAUCUCCAAGUACACCAGCGUAUGCACACUGGAGAGAAGCCGUAUCAGUGCUCAGAGUGUGGAAAGAGUUUUACUCAACAGGGUAAUCUCCAAGCACACCAGCGCAUUCACACAGGACAGAAGCCGUGUUACUGUUUUGAGUGUGGGAAGUGUUGUUCUAGCCAAAGUGCUCUCCGAAGACACGAGCGCAUUCACACUGGAGAGAAGCCGUAUCAGUGCUCAGAAUGUGGAAAGAGUUUUACUCGGCAGAGUAAUCUCCAAGCCCACCAGCGCAUCCACACAGGAGAGAAGCCGUAUCAGUGCUCAGAGUGUGGAAAGAGUUUUACCCAGCAGAGUGCUCUCCACGGACACCAGCGAAUCCACACAGGACAGAAGCCGUAUCAGUGCUCAGAGUGUGGAAAGAGUUUUACUGAACAGGGUCAUCUCAGAGUACACCAGCGCAUUCACACAGGACAGAAGCCGUAUUACUGUUUUGAGUGUGGGAAGUGUUAUUCUAGCCAAAGUGCUCUCCGAAGACACCAGCGCAUUCACAUUGGAGAGAAGCCGUAUCAGUGCUCAGAGUGUGGAAAGAGUUUUACUCGGCAGAGUAAUCUCCAACAGCACAUGCGUAUCCAUACAGGAAAGAAACCUCACCAGUGCUCAGAGUGUGGGAAGAGCUUUAUCAGACAGAGCCGUCUCCAACAACACCAGCUCAUCCACGCUGGAGAGAAGCGUCAUCGCUGCUCAGAAUGUGGAGCCAGUUUUAGUCAUCAGGGUACCCUUAAAAGACAUCAGCUCAUCCAUACAGGAGAGAAACCGUAUUACUGUUCAGAGUGUGGGAAGAGUUUUAGACAGCAAAGUACCCUCAAAGACCACCAGCGCAUUCACACCGGAGAGAAGCCGUAUCAGUGUGCAGAGUGUGGAAAGAGUUUUAAUCAGCAGAGGAACCUCCAAACGCACCAGCGCAUCCACACAGGAGAGAAACCGUUUCACUGCUUGGAGUGUGGAAUAAGUUUUAGGGACAAAGCUAAUCUCAUAAAACACCAGCGCAUUCAUACAGGAGAGAAGCUGUAUCACUGCUCAGAGUGCGGGAGGAGCUUCACUCGACACAAUCAUCUGCAAACACACAAGCGCAUUCACACCGGAGAGAAGCCGUAUCAGUGCUCCGAGUGCGGAAAGAGUUUUAGUGACCGAGGUGCCCUGAAAACACACCAGCGCAUUCACACCGGAGAGAAACCGUAUCAGUGCCUGUAUUGUGGAAAACGUUUUAGCGACAGAGGUGCUCACAAAACGCAUCAGCGCAUUCAUACAGGAAUUAAACCGUAUUACUGCUCGGAGUGUGGAAAGAGUUUCAGUCGAAAAAGUACUCUCCAGCAACACCAGUACAUUCACGAAGGAAUAAAGCCGUUUCGUUGCUCAGAGUGUGGGCGGGACUUCAGGCAGUCAAAUUCCUUCAGAACACACAUGAAAGUGCACUUAAAAGGAGGUGUUGACUCGUGACAGUUUGUGAAAAAAAUAGAAUCAUUAACUGGUUUUAUUUGGCUGUGACUCAUGUAAUCUGUGUUUCUGCUGUUUAUUAUUUAUUUGUGAGAUAAACACGUACAGGAUUUUCCACUUUCACCAAAUGUAGUUGAUAAGCAGAGAUGUUUGCUGUCUGAAACGGAAGACCACAUAACCAAAUUACAGGGAGAUUCACUCAAAAGAGGCCCAGAAUAUUCGGUUGUGAAUACCGUUAGGAGGAAGCAAUCUGAAUCAAAAGAAAACACUACACAUCUUGACGUAUGUGUAAUCGAUUGGAUUGCGAUGAUGGAAGUGAUCUCUGUUUUCUGCUAGGCACAUGAAGGGGUACGGGGGUCUGCAAAUGGAGGUUAAACAUUGUGAUGGCUGUCCGGCGCCUACCUCAUCGCUCCGACACGGGCAUCCAGGCUUGUUUGAAGCUCCAUAUACUGAGAUGCACAUUGCACGCUGUUUCAUUCAGAUUGAUUUGUCUUACAGAGAGUUAUUAAAGAAUAUUUGGGGCUCUUUGAAUGACUUGAAUGAGUCUCCCUGUAGAAAAGCUGUUGAAACAAAUGUUUUGA